UUCACCCGGCAGUCACAGUUCCAGUCCAUCUCUAGGUUACACCCAGACCCACACACCGCCACCACAGAAUCGACUCCAGCAACAGCUCAAGAUCAAUGCCAUCAACAAUAACCGUUUGAACAACGCAGAACAAAAUGACACAGCUUCAACUAUGUCCAACAACAAUGGUCUAAGUCGUAACCCGGGCAAUGUAGGGCAGGUGCAGUACAACCCGAAGUAUUCCACGCUCCAACAACUUCUGAUGAGCAACAACUCAGCAGAUCGUAGCGGAAUGGUUUUGGGACAAUCGGUACCGGGCAAUUCAUCGGUCCUUAUGGCAGGAACUUCGCCGGGAGGUUUCAGUGGUCGUCGCAUGCUACACCACCUACAGGCCCAGGCCGGUUCCAGUCAUUCGGGAGUUGGAGGAGCCGGCAGUGGUGGUGGCACAAGUGGAGGUACUAUGUCUCGUCUGUCAUCCUCGGCCCCGACCCACAUGGGAAUGGAAAUGAUGAUGUGGCAACGGAGAGAACCACGUCCUCAUUUGCUUUCGACAGGCAGCUUAGCAGAAGCCGGAUCGACGUCCUCCCUCAGUACCGGUAGCGUACUGAGCCCGGAGGCACCCGAUUUUUCGCAUGACGAAGGAUACUCUGACGAUAGCGACCACUACGAGGACUAUUCUAGCGGAGAAGAAGAAUCAGACAACGAGGACGCCAACAAGUCAUCCGAUGGAGGUCCCUCCAGCAGUUCGAAAGCCAAGCGGUAUUUCUGGCAGUACAACGUACAAGCUAAGGGUCCCAAGGGUCAACGGCUGGUCAUCAAAACCCAAACCGAGGAUCCGCACGUGUUGAACGAGAUAACCGAUCCGGUCUUCAGUCCCCAUUGCUAUGUGCGCGGCAUCAAGCACAGUGGAAAAGCUCGAAAGGGAGAUGGCAAUGAUUUGACUCCGAAUCCGAAAAAGCUGCACAGCAUCGGCAAGGAGCUGGAUAAGCUAGGACGAGUGAUAAACGACAUGACUCCGGUGAGCGAGCUGCCCUUCAAUGCGAGGCCCAAAACGAGGAAGGAGAAAAAUAAACUCGCCUCUCGCGCCUGUCGGUUGAAGAAGAAGGCUCAGCACGAGGCCAACAAGCUGAAGCUGUACGGCUUGGAAACCGAACAUAAACGUCUCCUCACCGGAAUCGCCCAAAUCAAACACAUCCUGGUCAACAAGUGCAGUCAAGUCCCAACAGAAUCUUCGGAAGAGUAUGCCCAAAAGAUGGACAGCAUAGUCAAGGCAGCAACGAAAGUCAAAAUUGCCGGAAAUUCUACCGAGUUCGUCAACAAGAUCAUAGAAACGGUCAAAUCCGGCCAGAGUGUCAACGUUGAUAAAAUUCUGGAAGAAUUUUAAGAACCAGCGGCAUCGAAAGGAUAUUUUUCUGACAUUGAAACGUUUUGAUUGAUGAGACUGUAAGAUAAUACAUUAGCAUGUUAAGGAACAAAUUGAAGAUUUUUUACAAGAGAUGAUGCGCCAAAAAGUUGUGGAUCACAUUUGAAAGGAGAUAACGCUAUUUAUCCACCCGCAUAAUUGCAUACAUACAUAUACAUAUAUUUACAUAUAUUUUUAUACUACGUAAUCUGAGCACAACUAUAGGACCAGCAAAAUGGAUCCGUUUCAAAGAAGAAAAAAAUUGCAAGCCAUGGCUUAAUUUCAGGGAAUGAUGAUGAGAUAUAGAUGGCAGUGAUAAGGCUGCCGGUGAUGUGGUUGCAAGCAACGAUGAUGGGUCAGUAAAACUGGCUGACUGAACGUGGUGAUAUCUGAUAACGGUUCAACCGAGUGAUAAAUCUGUGAAUCGAGCUCAGGACACAUUUUGAAAAGUUUGAUACCUGCAAGGACGCCAGAAGCUUUGCUCGGCCAAGAACGUUUUGUUUGAUUUUUUCUUUAAAUUUCGUCAAGCAUCGUACCCCCUCGAAAACAACAAUUAAAAAAAAAGAAGAAAAAAGAUUGCCUUCCGCAACGGAUUGAAAUUAGAUCAGCGUCUCCUUAGCGAUGAAUGAAAAUGCUGAAGAUAACAUAUGUACCUUAUAUAUUCAUAUUACACUAUGAUUAAUUGUGAAGUUUAUAUGAUUAUAAAGAUAAGAGUUUUAUUUUAUCCAGGUUCGAGUGCUAGGUAUUAAGAGAAAAAAUCAAGUUGAUGAUCAGAGUGUUAAUUGAUUAGGAGUUGGACACAUUUUACUCUUCUUUAUAUUACCUAACAAACAAAUGAUAAUUAAGUCCUUCUUUCUUCGCAAGUUGGGCCACUUCAUGAUUCUAAAUUUAGGUUAGCAUGUUAUGAAUUUCAUUUGAUUCAAAAAAGUGAAAAGAGUGUUUUGUUCUGUAAAUUACAGAGUGUAAUCAUAAGAGAAUGUUUUUAUCUCAUUGGAAAGAUAUUCUGGCGGUAGAUGGGUUUCACUUUUUUGAAAAGCUCUUUUGCUGGCUUCUAGGUGAACUGUUUCGGUGACAAUUGAUCUAAGACAAACACACCGGAUUGGCUUGACUAAUACAUUUACAUGAUGCAUUUAAGUUGUACUGCUGAAACAAUUCACUUGCUCCCGCAAAGUCCAUAAAAUGUAAAAUCAGUGUAAUAUUUUGUUCAAGUUUUCCCAUUUAUGUUUAGCUUGUUCUUAGCGAACGACAUCUGUGAUUAUAUCUUUAUUAGUGAGUGUCUUUUUUGGUUUUUCUUAUAUUAGCUUUACAGAUAAAUUUACUUUUAAUAAUUGUUUAAUUAUAAGCUGAGGUUAUAAAAAAUUGAAAAGUUUCGAUCGGAGCUGUUCGUUGAGUGAUUUACCAAUUUGAAUUGAGCAAAAAUGAUACUUUACGGUUCCUAAAACUGAAGUUUAAAUUGUAAUGAUUUGCAGUUGACAACAGCCUUUAAGUAGAUUACAUAUGCUUAUCCCUAAUGUAUGUUAUCAUUGCUGAGCUGGACUCCAGAAGAAGUCACUAGACUCGCAUUUCAUUUAAAUUUAAUCCCUACUGUAAAACUCAUUUAUUGUGAGCAUGUUUCUACAUAUGAAUAUGCUAGAUAUCUCCAUAAAGCAGCGUUUGUUUGAGUCGAAAUAUUACCAACACAAAAUUCCAUUGACAAGUAACGAAAAAUCGAAAUAACUGACCAUACCUUGUAAUUCAUAAAGGAACGUACGGUGGAGAUGGGAUAGGAUGUUAUAGUUAGGUUUAACGUAUACACUGGAAAUUUGAAAAUCUGGUCGAUACCACUACCUCAUACAUUUGAAGAAGGCAAAAAGUAACUAAAUAGCACGGUAAUAACAAUAUACCAAAAAUGAACACAUUGAAUAAAACAAAGCUAAAAGCACACGAACGAUGUCCAUAGAUUUGUACUGGCCAACGAAGUUGAUGACGGAAUCCGUUAAACCGAAUACGAGUAUGCAAAAUGCCAUAUGAAACGAAACGUAGAAUACACACAGAAAUCCAGAAGGAUAAGUUUAAAAGCGAUCUGUUCUUUCUUCUAACAAUCACUUUUCUAGUUGGAAAGUAAAACCUUUUGAAAUAUUCAGCAUCUGGUCCUGCUAGAAGGACAGGACUUGAUCAUAAAAGAACAGUAACGAAAAACAAACAAGUUUGAUUAAUUCGUGUAUGCACUACACUUCAAUCCUAUCAACGUGUAGUACACAAUGGCACGUGCAAAAAUCGCCAUUAACAAGCUAAAUCUGAACAUCUUAUAAUAUACUACAUAUUAAAUUCACAAACCACAUUGUAAUAGCUGUGCUUAUGUUGAAUGAGAUCAAUAAUCCAAAAUCCAUAAAAACCUGA